AUGAGCGCUAUGGAGAGCGAAUUCCAGAAGAACUUCAUUGAAAAUGAUUACGGAUACGACAAAAUGAUUGAUUGUCUGCUGGACUGUUUGAAUGUCAAGCUGCCAGAAGUACGCGUUUAUGAAGGACGAAGAUUCAUGAUAGCUAAUAGAAAGGAGGACAAGACCUCACGCACUGUUGGUGGAGAAGCAUUUCAAUCAUUCGAAAUUGUCGUGGCAGUGGAUACGGUAUUCAGUCGUCGGUUUGAUCUUUGUGUAGAUGUGUACAGGAAUCUCGAUGGAGUUCAAUCACACAACGCUCCCGAUCUCUCGGUUGUGGCCAGUAUCAGCAAUCUCACAUGGCGUGUGACAUCCGACUUCUACAUUCUCCUACGAGGUGUUUUGGAAAAGAAUUUCGGCGAUUCUCUCAUCCCAAUACCGGAGACGAUCCCGAUUGAAAUUCUGCAGAAACCUACCAGUGGAUGCGAGGUCGGCUGUGAUAACAAAUAUGCGACUCUUUCUUUCCGACUGCUAUUUGACAACGUGGAGUUGGAUUGUCUGGUUAGUUGUGCUUCAGCCUCUAUGAUGUAA